AUGCAGGUGACAUCCCGUAGAAGGAAACCCGUCCAACAAGCCACUAAUCAAGGGAUUAACGGUAACAAAUCCUCAGGGUCAAGAUUUGACAGUAUUGCCAAUUUGGAUGAUGCUAAUCAAGGAAAAUCCACCAUGUUUGCUAUUGCCAAUAUUCUCCAGCCUGAUUUGGCUAAGGAAGACUUGAGAUCCCUCAAUAGGCAGAAUAACAUUAAUGAUUCUCAUCCUCCCCUGCAAGGUAAGUCUUCCAAUCAAAUUAUUAAUAACACCAAUUCUAAGUCCAUGUCAUCUAUUAACAUGCAGGGCCAUGCAAUAAGGAAUAAUAGUAAAGCUCAAGGAAAUUCUCUCAAUGACAGGGCUAAAAAUAAAUUAGCUAGUCCCGUUUUACCCUCUAGCAAAAAUAUACAUUACCUGCCCAUACAAUCCUAUGCAGAAGACGUAUCCCCUACUGAUGUUGUCCACAAUAUUACCAAUGCCUCCUCUAGCUCUUUUUCUCCGCUCCUCCAAAUCAGUACCACCCUGGACCCAUGCAAACAUUCUGCUGUCUCCAUCUCCACUCCUCCUGCGCUCUUUGCCGAUCUCUCUACCUCAAAUAUCUCGUCUCCAAGGGACAAAUUCAAUGCCAAAAGCAAAGUUAAAUCUCAAAGCCAUUGGAAAGUAAAGAUCAAUAAAAACUCCAAAAGUAGUAUUAAAGUUAGGAAGAAGAAGGAAACCACCCUUCCUCCAAAUUCCUCUUUUACUGAUCUGAUGUUGGAGAUGAGCAAUCCCGUCUCAGACAACAGCUUAGAGAAUGAUGGUAUUAUACAUUCCAACAUGGCUGGCGGCGAUCCGUCCCUUGCGACCGACCACAUCAGGGCAGCUAAAACCAAUUUUUUACGAACUUUUCGUUCCUUCCGUGACUGUUAUAAUCCGUCGCUUGUUGUCCUUGUUGAGCCGAGAAUUUCAGGUCCAAAAGCUGACAAGGUUAUCAAGCGCUCUGGUUUUGACUUCUCUCAUCGCGUGGAAGCUCAAGGUUUUUCCGGGGGUAUUUGGAUACUUUGGAAGCCUGAAGUUCAUGUCUCGGUGCUUGUCAAUCACCGCCAAUUUAUCCAUACUAAUAUCACUUAUGGUGCCUGUAACGAGCAAUUUCUUUUUACUGCUGUUUACGGCAGCCCUCAACCCUUUGGCCGUCGCUCUCUGUGGAAUGACCUUUCUGCGCUUGGCAUCGCUACUAAUGUCCCUUGGCUCCUGGCCGGAGACUUCAAUGCCAUUUUGAAUUCCAACGAUAGAAAAGGUGGAUCGCGUCUCAGGUGCUUAGGUUGCCCUUACUUCAACAAUUUCAUGGAUUCCAACGCCUUAGCUCAAAUUGACUUCGUUGGCCCUGCUCUCACCUGGAGAAGGGGUAAUCUCCUUCAACGUCUGGACAGAGCCUUAUGCAAUGAUACCUGGCUCAAAAGAUUUCCUGAUGCUCUUACCCAUCAUCUCCCGAGAAUCAACAGCGACCACAGGCCCAUCCUCGUGAAUCUUAACAUUAACAAUCAUAGUGUUCAAGGAAACAAACCCUUCCGGUUCCUUGCCUCUUGGAUCACUCACAAUGACUUUCAACAAGUGGUUGCCAGUGGAUGGAACAACAACUUUUCGCUUCAGGAGAAUGUGCAUCAGUUUACUGUCAAUAUUCGAAAUUGGAACACCAAUGUCUUUGGUAACGUUUUCAAGCAAAAGAAGAACCUUAUGGCUAGAAUUUCUGGAAUUGAAAAAUACUUGGAGUCUCGCCCUUCUCAGUUUCUCACCACGCUGGAAUCUCAACUGCAAAAUGAGCUCGCUGAAGUUCUUUUGAGGGAAGAAGCCCUUUGGAUUCAAAAAUCGAGAAGCGAUUGGAUUAUGUUCGGGGAUAGAAAUACUUCCUACUUUCAUGCUAAAUUUAUUUCGAGAAAGAAGAAGAACCAAGUUAACAUGCUCAAGGACUCCAAUGGCAUCUGGCAUAAUGACGAGACCUUCCUCCGCAACUUGGCUGUCUCGUUCUACAUCAAGUUGUUCACUGAAGAUGUCAUUAACAGGCCUAUCUAUGAUUACCGUGGGUUCUUUCCUCUUAUUGAUAAUGCUUUAACCAACAAUCUGUCGAGAGAAAUCACUAAGGAGGACAUCCAUCGUGCUCUCUUUCAAAUGAUGCCUUGGAAGUCGCCUGGAAUUGACGGCAUCCCCGCUGGUUUCUACCAAAAUCAAUGGCCUGUGGUGGGCAUCUCGGUUUGCAACUUAAUCAAGCGUAUUUUUCAGAAUGGGGAAAUGGACAAUGAUCUUAAUAGAACCCUCAUAUCUCUCAUCCCUAAAUCUGUCAAGCCAGAGACGAUCAAAGAUUUUAGGCCUAUAAGCUUAUGUACUGUUAUGUACAAAUUGGUGACCAAAAUUAUCACCAACAAGCUUAAACCUAUUAUGCCGCUCAUCGUUAGUCCCACUCAAGUCAGCUUCAUCGAGGGUCGCAAUAUCACAGAUAAUAUUAUCAUAGUCCAAGAAGUCAUUCACUUCAUGAGAACUAAAAAGGGAAAAAAAGGGUGGUUUGCUAUCAAAGUGGAUCUCGAGAAAGCAUUUGAUUGUCUUAAUUGGGAUUUCAUCAAAGACACUCUUGUUGAUGCUAGGCUUCCUAAUAAUCUUGUCACGUUAAUCAUGCACUGUGUCUCUAGCUCUCACAUGAAUCUUUUGUGGAACGGAUCAAUUUCUGAGGAGUUUAAACCAUCGAGAGGAAUCCGUCAGGGGGAUCCCCUUUCGCCUUACCUUUUUGUCUUAUGCAUGGAGCGUCUUUCCCAUCGAAUCUGCUCUGCAGUUCACAAUGGUGAUUGGGCCCCUAUUAAAUUAAACAGAACUGGUCCUAACUUAUCUCAUCUUUUUUUUGCAGAUGAUUUGAUCCUUUUUGGCCAAGCGACGGAAGAUCAAAGCCACACCGUCAAUGCUAUCUUGGAGGAAUUUUCGCUCUCCUCUGGUCUGCGUGUCAGCUUGAACAAAACGCAAAUCUUUUUUUCAGCUAAUGUGGAAUUUCAGAAAGCUGAACAGAUCAGUAAUUUACUUGGAUUUCAAAGAGCGCAUGACUUGGGGAAAUAUCUUGGAGUUCCUUUGCUUCACUCUCGUGUUACCAAAGAGACUUAUGCUUUCAUUGUCAACAAAAUUAAGCACAAACUUUCUGGUUGGAAUUCUAGUCUUUUAUCCUUGGCGGGUAGGCUAUCCUUAGCCAAAUCUGUCUUGAUGUCCAUUCCGGGCUACGCUAUGCAAACCACCUCUCUUCCUAAUGGGCUUUGUGAUCAAAUUGAUCGUUUAGUCCGGAACUUUGUUUGGGGGAAUCACAAUGGCAGCCAUAAACCAAGUCUUGUUAAUUGGGAGGUUAUGUGCUCUCCUUGUAGUAAUGGCGGAGGAGGCAUCCAAAAGCUCAAAAAUCAGAAUAAAGCUUUUUUAAUGAAGAUUGGCUUCAACGUCAUCGCUAAACCUGAGCUCUUUUGGGUUCAAGUUGUCAGGAAUAAAUAUGGCUGGACACGUAACAAUAACUCCUGCAAUAUUAAGGGCCCUUGUUCUGUUUUGUGGAGAAACCUGCACCAUCUUUGGCAUAAUAUCUCUUAUGGUACUCAUUGUGCUCUCGGAGAUGGCCGCAUCAUCAACUUUUGGAGCGACAAUUGGGUCGCUGACCUGGGGCCUCUCAGACUCCUCGCCUUUUCCCCUUUGCAGGACAGCGAGCUUACGAAGAAGGUGAUUGAUUUUACUGCUAAUGGAGCUUGGAAUUGGAAACUCUUUGAAAAUUUGGUUCCUUCUUCUGUACUCCUCCAUAUUGCUGCUGUGCAUCCCCCCUCUGCGUCUGCUGGUCCGGAUGAGACCUAUUGGGGUCUCUCGAGUAAUGGUGUCUUCAGUGUUAAUUCUGCAUACAAAAUGCAGGAAAAUUUCUAUUGCGAUAAUGAUAGAGCCAAAUGGAGAAGUAUUUGGCAAUGGCCAGGAGCGCCUAGAGUCAGAACUUUACUUUGGUUAGCUGCUAACAACAAGUUGUUAACCAAUUUCGAGCGUUGCCGGAGACACAUGACAACUGAUGCGUCGUGCUUUCUCUGUGGCCACCACUCCGAAGACACCGACCAUGUCUUGAGACAUUGCGUUUUUGCUAGGGAAGUUUGGCGCAAAAUUCAUCUUAUUAAUUGCCUUAACAUUAGAAAUGAUUUUUUUACUUCUCCUUUUGAUAGUUGGUUGUUCAAUAAUCUGCAGAAUCAUUCUAACUCGAGGAAUGGUAAUUGGUCUACCACGUUUGGCCUAACCCUUUGGAGUCUCUGGCUCCACCGCAACAACCUCGUAUUCAAAGAUGAGAGAUGCAGCUCGGAUUCGGUAGCUCAGAAAAUCAAAUGCUUAGUGGAUUAUACCACCCAAGCCCAGCGUUUUGCCAUCCUCUCUAAUCCAGGCUUGGGUAACAAAAAGGAGCAUCUGAUCUGUUGGACUCCGCCUCCCACCCAUGUGCUCAAAAUUAAUUCCGAUGGAGCUGUUCGCUUACCGGAUAACAAAGCCGCUUCGGGAGGUAUUGCUCGUGAUAGUACAGGUAGCUGGGUUUUCGGCUACAGCAGGCUGAUUGGCCACUGUUCAGUCCUUCAAUCAGAGCUUUGGGGCGCUCUCGACGGGCUUGACAUCGCUUGGAACAAAGGCUUCCGCAACGUUAUUCUUGAAAUGGACAGCAAGCUUGCUGUUGAUGCCAUCGCCAAGAACAGGUCUCCUACCAAUGCUAAUUCCAACCUGUUGAAUGCCAUCAGAUGCAUCUUGAAUCAAGACUGGCAAGUUCACAUUUGUCACAUUCAUCGUGAAGGAAAUCGCAGUGCUGAUAGUAUGGCUAGCCAAGGCUUCUAUCAUAAUAUGGGCCUGACCAUCUACGACAACAUGCCACAAGACGUUGCUCACUGUUUUAUGGAUGAUUUAGCGGGUGUUUCUCUACCCCGUAUGUGUAGAUCGCUUUAG